CCAACUGACUUGUACCACUCCCCACUCCAUUCCACUACAUUCAUAAUGGCCGAAAUCGAUCAAGCUGCGCUCGAGGCUGUCCAGGACGACAUCGCCGCCCUCGCUGAGGCCACUGAGAAGGCCGAGUUUGAAAUCGCCAAGAAGCGCUAUGAAGUGAUGACCCCUAUCUUUGAGAAGCGCCGUGAGAUCGUUGCCGAGAUCCCCGGGUUCUGGAGCACCGUUUUGCAGAACCAUAUGGCGACCACUGAGUUGCUCAGUGAAAGCGAUCGUCCGGUUUUGGAGCACUUGACCGAUGUCUGGGUCAAGCACGAUCCCAAAGAUAUCCGCAACUACGAGAUCGUCUUUACCUUCAAGGAGAAUCCUUACUUUGGCAACAAGGAGUUAAUCAAGAAAAUCAUUGUCAAGGACGACGAGCCUACUACCGAGGUCUUCAAGAUCGACUGGAAGGAGGGCAAGGAUGUGACCCUCAAGGACCCCAGCAAGAAACGCAAGUCUGGUGCUGAUGAUGCCGCGAACGCCGCAGACUCAUUCUUCUCCUGGUUCGCUGAUGAGGACGCUAGCCUGGCUAACUUUUUCGUUCAGGAAGUCUUCCCUGAUGCCCUCAAGUAAUUAUUGGCGCUGGAGGGCGAAUUGCAGAAAUGGCUUAGUGCAUUGUCGUCAUUCAUUUUUCUCACUGCUUUUCUGUACUAUAUAGCAUCUACGCUAACGAGGAUGACGAGGACUUUGACGACGAUGAGGAGAUCGAUGAUGACCAGUCUGUCGACUUGGAUGGUAUGUUUCAAUGAACCGAUUAAGAUUACUAUCGGUCCAUUCAGACUCAUGCAUACUAAACACGCACAAGAAGAAAGUUCCAUGUUAUCUAACCCUUGGGCACUCCCUUUUUGCACACCGAUGUCUGAAAUAGAUGAGGAGGACGAGGAGGAAGA